AUGUUGAACAUUGCUGAAGAGAAUCUACAUUGCCAUCAUUUACUAUUUAUUCGCGAUGUUGUUACUUCCAAACAUUACAUUGACCAAAACUGCUUUGAGGUGACAGAUACUGGACUUGUCUAUCGAAAAGCCAAACUAAAUGGUGUACUGGUAGCACAGGAACAAAAAGAGGAGGAACACCAUCUGUGGUUAGAUGAUGGGACAGCCGUCAUCAAGGCCAUACUGACAUCAUGUUUGUAUUCACGAAAAUGCUAUAAAAAGCUGGAGAUAUCCUGCUCGGUCACUGGUAUGCAAUAUAUGAAAGCUAAGGAGACAGAAUAUAGAUUAAUUAUAUUUUUUAGUUUCCAGGUGCACGAGCAAGGUCUAGAUGAAAUAUAUCAUUUACUAAAAGUCAUUCAGGAACGACCCAAGAAAACAGCAAUAACCUCGUCAUCCACACCCAUGUUUUACACACUCUCUUCUAACCCCUCCCCUAAACGACUGACCUUUCAAUCGCCCAUUCGACCAGAUGAAUUCACUUGGUCACCUACCCAUACUGUAGCCACAUCCACUCCGCUACGAGCCUCGAUCAUCAGACAAAUAGAGGCUGAUACAGAAGAUGAGUUUGAAUUUAGCGAUCUGGGCGAAAUUGACUUGGCAGCUCUGGAGGCCAAUGCGAUGGAACAAAAACUAAACCAGCCAAUGAAAAGAAAGUUUGAUAUUUUUUGA